AUGCCCGGCCAGAACACAAACACUCGCUCCGGCAGGAAGUCUGCUUUACGAGAAACAGACAAUAAGGAGAACCACAAACCGAAUACACCAUCGGUCGAUAAGCCGUCGAUGAAAGAAAAAGACGGCUCUGACGCACUAGAAUAUGAAAAGAACGAACCUCUCUUACAACCCAACCCCAGGCGAUUUGUACUGUUUCCCAUAAAAUAUCAAGAAAUUUGGCACUUUUACAAAAAAGCCGAAGCAUCCUUUUGGACAGUGGAGGAGGUCGACUUAUCGAAAGACCUUAACGACUGGGAUAACAAGCUGACCGAAGACGAAAAAUAUUUCGUUUCGCACGUAUUGGCAUUCUUUGCAGCGUCUGACGGAAUAGUGAAUGAGAAUUUGGUCGAAAGGUUCAGCAAUGAAGUACAAAUACCAGAAGCAAGGUGUUUCUAUGGGUUUCAGAUAAUGAUAGAGAAUAUUCAUUCGGAAAUGUAUUCACUGUUGAUCGACACGUAUAUCAAGGAACCAGCGCAGAGAGAAUUCCUAUUUGACGCAAUCGAGACAAUUCCAUGCAUCCGCAAGAAAGCAGAUUGGGCACUUCGCUGGAUCGCCGAUCAUAAAGCCUCCUUCGCCGAACGUUUGGUUGCAUUUGCUGCAGUUGAAGGAAUAUUCUUUUCUGGUGCCUUCGCUUCCAUCUUCUGGCUCAAGAAACGGGGCAUGAUGCCCGGACUAACAUUCUCCAACGAACUGAUUUCGCGUGACGAGGGACUCCAUUGCGAUUUUGCUUGCCUUUUGUUCUCUCAUCUACGCAUGCGACCAAGUCAAAAGAAAGUGGAAGCAAUAAUUGUCGAAGCUGUAUCCAUAGAGCAAGAGUUUCUUACCGAAUCGCUACCGGUUGAUUUGAUUGGAAUGAAUUCGACGCUGAUGAAGAAAUACAUUGAAUUCGUUGCUGACAGGUUAUUGGUUGCUCUCGGAUGUCCAAAGCAUUACAAGAGCGACAAUCCGUUUGAUUUCAUGGAUUUAAUUUCAUUACAGGGGAAGACGAACUUUUUCGAAAAACGGGUAUCUGAUUAUCAAAAAGCCAAUGUUAUGAGCAGAGUAACAAGCUCAAACCCGUCAGAUAACACAUUUACACUUGACGCUGAUUUCUAA